GACGGGCCUCUCGCGGCCUAUCGCGUCGUCGUGCGCCGUGCGCUCGUGUCAGUCAGCUCGCAGCGUUCGCGUAAUCGCCGUUCAGUCUCGGCAGCGAUUUGCGGGAUCGAGGCGCGCGCGCGGCCAGCCACGAGUGUUCGCCUACUGCUAAACGCUGCACACACAUAUCUUUUCAUAUAUAAUAAUAAAAGUUAACGUGGUCGAGACUCGCUAGUUGCUGUGCCGUUCGAGGCGCGCGUUCCUCUGCUUCGUCGAGUGUGCUCGGUGUCUGCACACGCGACCGUUCGACGAGACCUUCGCGGGUUCUGCGAGGGAGGUUACGUGCUCGAGUUGCGCAGCCUAGAGCAAGCCAAAUAACAUGACACUAAUGCUCGAUCUUGCUCUUAGUCAGAUCUAAAACAGCUAGCAACAUACUCUUACUAUAGCUGUAGUACAGCCGCUUUGUGCCAAUGUUUGCAUCUACUGCUAGUGACUGCUGCUGUUGCUACUGCUGAUGCUGUUAUUCGACGCACGUCUGAUUGCCGCUUCUUCUCCUCGAGCCAAUGACUUUUUAUCUGCGUUGGAAAAUAAUAACAUGAUCGUGUCAGUUAAAAAUCCAUCUGAAGAAAACAACUGCAUAAGCUUAGUUUACAAAAUUAAAUAUGAGACCUCAGAACUGUGAGAAUUAUAUUUAUGAAGAAAUCAUGGCUUCAAAUGGCUAUCCUGAUGUUGCUCCAGUAUCGAAUAAGCAAUCCAAGAUAAACUCACCACCCUGUGAGUCUGGGAAUUCUAUGCCAUGGUUUGGCAUGGAUAUUGGAGGAACUCUUACAAAAUUAGUAUACUUUGAACCAAAAUAUAUCACAAAAGACGAAGCUGAUGCUGAAGUAGAAACAUUAAAAAACAUUCGUCAAUAUUUGACAAAAAACUCAGCAUAUGGAAAAACUGGUCAUCGAGAUGCACAUCUUCAAAUGGACGAUGUAUGCAUUAGAGGCCGAAGAGGUACUCUGCACUUUAUCCGUUUUCCAACAAGUGAAAUGGGAAACUUUUUGGCCCUGGCUAAAGCUAAAGGAAUGGCUACAUUAGUCACAACAGUCUGUGCGACUGGUGGUGGAGCUUACAAGUUUGAAGAAAAUUUCAAUCAAGAAGUAAAUCUCAGUUUAGCCAAAUUUGAUGAACUUGAUAGCCUUAUUAGAGGCAUGUUGUACAUUGAUGCAACAAACCCUCAUGAAUGCUACUAUUGGUCUGAACCUACAGAUGAAUCAAAAUGCCAAAAAGUACCAUAUGAUUUUUCCAAACCAUAUCCUUUUCUGCUUGUUAAUAUUGGAUCUGGUGUCAGUAUACUUGCUGUGCAAGGACCAAAUGACUAUAGAAGAAUAAGUGGUACCAGUUUGGGUGGAGGUACAUUUUUAGGAUUAUGCUGUUUACUUACUGGAUGUAAUUCUUUUGAAGAAGCUAUUGAAUUAGCAACAAGUGGAGACAGCACAAGAGUAGAUAAAUUAGUUAAAGAUAUUUAUGGAGGAGAUUACUCCAGAUUUGGAUUACCUGGAGAUCUUGUUGCUAGCAGUCUUAACGAUGUCUGUAGUUUCGGCCAGAUGAAUUCCAAAGACAGGCGGAAUACUGUAUCAAGAGAGGACUUAGCUCGAGCAACGCUUGUAACAAUUACAAAUAAUAUUGGUUCCAUCACCAGAAUGUGUGCCCUAAAUGAAAAAAUUGAAAGGGUGGUAUUUGUUGGAAACUUUUUGCGAGUUAACCCAAUAUCAAUGAAAUUACUUGCCUCAGCAAUGGAUUACUGGUCAAAAGGAACUUUAAAAGCCUUAUUUUUAGAACAUGAGGGAUAUUUUGGUGCUGUGGGUUGCUUACUGCAAUUCACUGGAAAUUCAAAUCAACGAUAAUAAUUGUUGU